AUGGUUCAGCCAAUUAAUAAUAUACAAUUCGCAUCUAAUCCUUUUUUACUUUCUGCAUUUGGAACUAACAAUUUUUUUGAAACAAUUGAUAUAAUUCGGCGAUGGAUAUGGAUCUUCGAACAGAGUUUAUUAAAAAGUGUUCGUAUUGUUGGAUUUUCGACUGAUGGCGAUCCAAAAUAUAUGCGUCCAAUGCGUCUUGUUACUGGUUUUUUUACGACGCUGCCUAAUAUUAAAUUAGACGCUUACAAAGACUCAUUCCGUGUUAACAUUCCAGAGGAGUGGAAUUGGUAUUUUGGAUGUGAUAGUCAUCUAUUUCUAUGCUUCCAAGAUGCUACAUAUCUUUCUACAAAAUUACGGAAUAGGCUACUAUCUCGUACAGCUCAUAUGUUAAUCGGUAAUCGAUGUAUUUGCAUUCACUAUCUCUCAGCAUUAAUUCGAAAUACUCCAAAAUUACGACAUGGCUUAGUCAAAUCUGAUAUUUUCCCUCAAGAUCGUCAGAAUUUUAGUUCUUGUGUGAAGAUAUGUAUUGAUGAUGUAAUUAACUGUUUAAAUAAUAUCAAAGAUUCUGAAGGCAUUAUCAUGUAUCGUCGCCUACUUCGAUCAAUUAUGAUUGCAUACAUUGAUAAGUUGACGACUCCCAUUGAUCGAAUUUAUCAUGCAUGCUUCUCCGUUUUUGUUAGUCGAUUGUCGUACAUCUGGAUCGAUAAUAUGAAAAGGACUGAUUUAGAUAAUAGUCUAUAUGAAUUAACUGGUAUCACAAGUAAUCAAAACAAUACGAAUAAGAAACAAUUUUUUAUUACCAAUAACGCCUACUAUUGUAUAGAAAUCAAUGCUCAUCAACUCACAUAUCUUGCUUUAUUAGUCAUAGAAAAGAAAUUACCACUAGAGGCUAUGAGCAUUCACUUAUUCAAUUCACAGACAUGUGAAGAAAUGUUUCGUUCAGCUCGUUCUAUGCCUGGAACAUUUUCUUCUAUCGUCAACUUUAGUGUACAGGAAUUUCUUAAUCGUGCUCAAAAACUUUCUCUAUUAUACAAAAUCAAAACUGAGAGUGAAUUUGGUUCAAGUGAUAAUGGUAUUGUAUUUCCAAAACAUUAUAAACAAAGUAAGCAAAGUAAGCAAUGGAAACAAUCAACACAUGUAACUGUAGGCAACGAUACACUUAACUUAAAAACAAUAACACAAACAAUUGAACAAGCAUACAAUGAUGCUACUGAAUUACUAUUCAGUUUCGAUACGAAAAAGUUGUUCUAUGAAAAACAGAUGACUACUAUCAAACAAGUUAAUAACUGCAUGUACAACAUAUUGAGAAAAAGAAUUAAUAUUCAAGAUUAUUCUGACCUAAAUGAGCAAGAUGAAACAUCAGAUUCGGAAGAUGGAUCAGAUAUUACUUUAAGUUCAGAAAGUUACGCUGAGAGUGAAGAUCAAGCGUACGGUGAACAUCCAUAUGAAACAUUAACUGUCUCGUCAAAUCGAGUAUUCGGUGAUUUAAAUGGAAGUAAGUUCGCUGGAAUGCGACUAUUCGAUACAAUACGGCCCGAAUUAGCAAAAUCAUACUUUGAAGUCGAAAUCAAACAAAAAAGAAAAUACCUACACAAGCAAACUGCUUGUUGGAUUUUAACUGAAAAUAAACCAAUCUCAUCAAACGAUCGUCUAGCUCGUGUAAGGCAACGAUAG